AUGGAGUACGAUGUUUCAGAUUGCAAACAAAUUCUAUUGCCCUUUUCUUUCAUGGGUCACUUCACAUUAUAUGUACUUAACAUGGACACUAGAAGCAUCUAUAUAAUGGACUCCAUGCCUAUACCAUCAUGGUUUAAGGGUGAUCAUCCUAGCAUGCAUUAUAUCCAUAAUAUACAUUAUAUUGCCAAUAAUAUGAAUGCUGCCAUGGAAUUGGUCAAUCCUACAUGGAAAGACGAUAUUUAUAUGUGGCGUCGUAUAGUACCAACAUGGGUUCCAAGAACAUUAAACUGGGAUUUAUCUGGCUUUCUUGUUAUCAACUUUAUGCACGAUUGGAAUGGUAUAAGGUUACCCUGCAUUUGCACUAAUGGGAAUGACCUGAGGACCAAAUUCUUAGUAGAAUUAUUGAAGUACAAGGACAAUGAAUCCAAAGACAACAUUCCAGAAGAAAUACAAGAAAUUAUUAGGCACAUUAGAUAG